AUGAUUAAAUUCAGAUAAAUCUUUUUGAUUAUUCUUGCAAUUGUGAUUCCCGUUGUUCGAGGCCAAAUGGAAGACAUCAGUUUUGGAGAGAAGCACAUCUACGUUAACACCUUCGAGUAAUAUAUCGAAAAGAUCAUAUUUGGAUCGAUUGGCGGAAUCAUGCAAUAUUUGAUUUGCUGUUCGAUUGUGGAGUACUACAAUCCAAUGCCAAAGAAUAAACUACGUCUUUAGAAUAUUUUUAGGGAAAUUAGAUAUGGAAUAGUAUAACUCAUAUUUGGAUGCUUCGUAUCAAUGUCCUUUUAUUAUUAUUUAUAUCCCUACACUCCUUACUACAAAUAUUUCGAAACCCAUGAUUAUACUGUCUUUCACUUUCUGUAUGGAAUAACAUUUCAUUGGCUAUGGACUACAUGUGUGGGAUAUUGGACUCAUAGGAUGCUCCACUUGAAAUAUUUUUAUAAAUACAUUCACAGUGUCCAUCACUCUUUUAAGGAACCUACUGCCUUCAGUUACUGUGCUGCUCAUCCCUUGGAAGGAUUCAUAGAGGGCAAUCUUCUUCUCCAUACUGCUGAAUUGAUAUUGCCAAUUCAUCCUAUGUAAACUAUGAUUUAUGGAGGAAUGAUGGCAUUCAACGACCUAUUCGCCCAUGAUGGAGGAAAAUACGAUCACUCCGAUCACUACAGACACCAUCUCUAUUACGUAGUCAACUAUGGGGAUGCCAAGAUAGAUCGAUUUUUUGGCACAGCAUAUGAUCCUGUAUUUUAAUAUAUAUAUUCCUAAAAAACUAUCAAGUUAAGGAAAAAUGCACUUUCUUAACCUGAUUUUAAGGACAAAGACCAUCCAUUAUUUUAGAGAUACAAAAGCACAUAUAUAUUAAUAUUAAAUAUACCUCUCAUAAAUAGAGGUGGAAUUACACUCAUCAGAAAUUUCAUUCACUCAGCUGAAGGAGUCAAGAAUGGUCUUCCAACUGCUGUUCAAAACAGAUUAUCCAUUAAUUACAAACUCAGAACAUACACUCAAGGAAAAGUCACUGAUAUCAGAUUUAUCACUGAUCCAGUUGCAGGAUAUUAAGCCAAAGGAGAUAAGAAAUGAUUUAUUAUCAAAAUAAACAAAAUAAUUCCUAUUUCAUAGCAAA